UCAGUUAGGUUCAUUUCAUCUCUAUCAACUGCACAAAGGAAGAGAUUUAUUUGUCUUUGCUUUCUGCUACCUUUCUUUUUCUCCAUACUCUUAUUCGUUUUUCAUUCUUUAACAACUUCACAAAGAUUUGGUGAACAGAACAAACAUAUUGUAGUUAGUAACCAUAUCCUUUGUCUUGAUUGUUGUUUUUCUGCAUCAUAUGAACGAACUUGUUCUUGCAAUUCCAAUGUGUCAUCUAAGUAAAUCAUCACGAUGAAAUUGAAACUUAACACCCUCUUGAGAGUUUCAUCUUUUUUUGUUCUUCUACUUCUUCAAUACUCAGUUGCUCUUAACUCUGAUGGAAUUUUCUUGCUGAAAUUCAGAUACUCCAUCCUCAGUGACCCUUUAUCAGUCUUUGAAAACUGGAACUAUGAUGAUGCAACUCCAUGUUCAUGGCAUGGAGUUGCAUGUAGUGAACUAGGAUCUCCUAAUACACCUGAUUUCUUUAGAGUAACCAGCUUGAUUCUACCUAAUAGCCAACUUCUUGGUUCCAUUGCAGAAGAGUUAGGCUUUAUUCAAAACCUUCAUCACAUUGAUCUCUCAAACAAUUUCCUCAACGGUUCAUUACCAAACUCUAUCUUCAACUCUUCUCAACUACAGUUCCUUUCACUCUCCAACAAUGUCAUCUCAGGUAAACUACCUGAGUUGGUUGGUUUAUCAACAAACCUACAAAUUCUCAACCUUUCUGAGAAUGCCUUUGCUGGGUCAAUCCCAGAAAACCUCACUUCUCUUCACAAUCUAACCAUUGUUUCUCUCAAAAGUAACUAUUUUUCUGGUGAAAUCCCAAAUGGUUUCAACUCUGUUGUGAUUCUAGAUCUGUCCUCUAAUCUACUCAACGGUUCUCUCCCAAGUAACUUCCAAGGCCAAAAUCUCCAAUACUUGAAUCUCUCUUAUAACAAACUCUCAGGAGCAAUUCCACAAACAUUUACAAGGCACAUUCCGGAAAAAUCUACAAUUGAUCUCUCAUUCAACAACCUAACAGGACCAAUACCUGAAUCUUUGUUCAAUCAAAAAAUGGAAUCACUCUCUGGAAACUCUGAUCUAUGUGGAAAACCUCUCAAGACUCUUUGUACUAUUCCAUCUACUAUGUCUACUGCACCACAUAUCACAAACUCAUCUUCACCAGCAAUUGCUGCCAUACCAAGAACAAUCGACUCAGGAAAUAACACAAACACAUCAACUACAACUACAACUAGUGGUGGUUCACAGAAUGGUCUAAAACCUGCUACAAUAGCAGCCAUUGUUGUUGGAGAUAUAGCAGGCAUGGGAAUUUUAGCUCUUAUCAUACUUUUUGUCUAUCAACAAAGAAAGAAAAGAUAUCCAAAAUCAACCAAUGUUCUUCAAGAGAAGAAUGCAUCAGAAACUGUAGCCAAACAAGAACAACAAUCUCUGAAAACACACUCACUUCAAUGUUCUUCUUGCUGUUUAACAGUUAAUCAGCAAGAAGAAACAUCAGAAGCAACAACUUCUGAUGACAGUGACCGUGAAAUCCAGAACCUUCCGAAAGAAGGUACACUGGUAACGGUAGACGGCGAGACUAAGAUGGAUUUGGAAACAUUGUUGAAGGCUUCAGCUUAUAUACUUGGAACAAGCCGUGCCAGUAUUGUGUAUAAAGCAGUGUUGCAGGAUGGAAGAGUUUUUGCUGUUAGAAGGAUCGGCGAAUGCGGUGUUGAAAGAAUGAAAGAGUUUGAGAAUCAAGUUAGAGUUAUCGCAAAGAUUCGUCAUCCUAAUUUGGUUAGGAUUCGUGGUUUCUGUUGGGGUGAAGAUGAGAAGCUUGUUAUCUCUGAUUUUGUUCCUAAUGGCAGCCUCUCUGCUAUUGGUUACAGAAGAGGGGGUUUGUCGCCGAUGAAUUUAUCUUUGGAAUUGCGGUUGAAGAUAGGGAAAGGGAUGGCUAGAGGACUUGCUUACAUUCAUGAAAAGAAAUAUGUGCAUGGAAAUGUUAAACCAAGUAACAUUUUAUUGAAUUCUGAAAUGGAACCAAUUAUAAGUGAUUUUGGACUUGAUUUGCUUCUUCUGAAUGAUAUCAACCAUAGAGGAAACGGUUCAGCUAGGCAAUUAGUGAACCAGAAAACACAACAGCAACAAGAGUUUCUCAUUGGUUCGACUCCGAGUCCGUAUACGACAAUGGGGUCGUCAUCGUCGACGAGUGGCGGUGGUGGUUGCGGUGGUGGUCAAGUACAACAAUAUCAAGCACCGGAAUCUUUCCAAAACAUAAAACCAAACGCUAAAAUGGAUGUGUAUUCAUUUGGGGUUGUUUUGUUGGAGCUUUUUAGCGGGAGGGUUUUCUCGGACCGGGAAUUGGACCAGUGGUCUGUUUCGUCCGGUUCGGUUGAAGAAGAUAAAAACCGGGUUUUGAGGUUGGCUGACGUGGCUAUUAAACAUGAGAUUGAAGGUAGAGAAAAUGCUGUGUUCACGUGUUUCAAGUUGGGGUUAAAUUGUGUUUCUCUUGUCCCACAAAAGAGACCGUCCAUGAAAGAAGUACUACAAACUUUAGAGAAGAUUUCCACCGUUGGUUUUAAUUAAUUUUUUGAAUGUAAUGAUAGUGAUGUAACUUGAUUGAACCAUGUUUUGAGAUCAAUGUUUUUAGCUUUUUUCCAACUUUUGUUGACUUGAAAUUGUAUGAACAAAGAAAAAGAUUGUUGGAAAGAUGUGUUUGUUUAUUAGAUGUUAUAUUGUAGCUUUGACGGGUGAAUGGAAUCUUUUUGUCUUUAUAUAUAAGUUGCUUUCGGUGGAGACUAUGGGCAAUUGGCAUGGGCGUGGCCGGUGUUGAUAACUAUAGUGCAUCUCACUUGUG